AUGACCACCUCAUCGCUGAACGAAUCGUCCUCCAUCUUAAUCGUCGGCGCAGGAACAUGGGGCUGCUCAACUGCCCUUCAUUUGGUCCGACGAGGAUACAAAAAUGUCACCGUAUUGGAUCCUUAUCCUGUGCCAUCGUCCAUCGCUGCUGGGAAUGAUGUGAAUAAAAUCAUGGAGCAUAAGGAACUCAAAGGGCCCGAUACAGAUUCCAGGGGUAUCGCAUUUGCUACUUGCACACGAGCUGCUCUGGAUGGUUGGACAAAUGACCCUGUCUUCAAGCCAUACUUCCACGAGACCGGGUUUAUUGUUUCUGGGAGCACGCCUCAGAUUAUCCAGCAUAUCAAACAAGAGGAUAUCGAGACAUCCAAGGGUGACUUCAUUGCACUUGAAACAGCAGAAGAUUUUCGCAAGACGAUGCCAUCAGGUGUAUUGACCGGUGACUUUCCCGGGUGGAAGGGCUGGUUCAGCCAGAAAGGAGCAGGGUGGAUUCAUGCUCGAAAGGCCAUGGUCUCCGCAUAUACAGAGGCGGAACGCAUUGGUGCAAGAUUUAUCACAGGCACUCCCCAUGGGGAUGUGGUAGCUCUAGUAUACGAGGCGGGAGAUGUCAUCGGAGCCCGAACUGCAGAUGAUGUUGUCCACCGUGCAGACCAUACAAUUCUUGCGGCGGGUGCUGGUAGCGAUCGUCUGCUGGACUUCAAGAAACAGCUGCGGCCUACUGCCUGGACUUUAAGUCAUAUACAAAUGACAGCAGAGGAGUCGCAGCUAUAUAGAAACCUUCCCGUUCUGUUCAAUGUCGCCAAGGGCUUUUUCAUGGAACCCGAUGAAGAUGAACACCAGUUAAAAAUCUGCGACGAGCACCCGGGAUACUGCAACUUCAUUCAGGAUCCUAACAAUGCCGGCGAGAUGAAGAGUAUCCCGUUUGCGAAGGAGCAGAUUCCGCUCGAGGCUGAGGCUCGUGCUAGGGAAUUUCUACGUGAUACUAUGCCGCACCUUGCUGAAAGACCAUUUGUAUUUGCUCGUAUCUGCUGGGACGCUGAUACCCCGGAUCGAGCAUUUUUGAUCGAUCGACAUCCUGAUCACUCAUCUCUCAUUGUUGCCGUAGGUGGAUCUGGGAAUGGAGCGAUGCAAAUGCCCACCAUUGGAGGCUUUAUUGUAGACGCUUUGGAGGGGAAGCUACAGAGGGAGCUGAAGGACGUUGUGCGCUGGAGACCCGAUUUGGCAGUGAAUCGAGACUGGAAGUCUACGCAAAACAGGUUCGGCGGACCGAAUAGAUUGAUGGAUUUUCAAGAUGUGAAGGAUGAUGAGUGGACUCAAAUUUAG